AUGUGGCUGUACUUGGCAGCCCUGGUGGGCCUGUACUACCUUGUGCGCUGGUACCGGGAGAGGCGGGUGGUGAGCCACCUCCGAGACAAGUACGUCUUCAUCACGGGCUGUGGCUCUGGCUUCGGGAACCUGCUGGCCAGACAGCUGGACAUGCGCGGCUUUAGGGUGCUGGCUGCGUGUAGGACAGAGAAUGCGGCCGAGGAGCUGAGGGCCCAGGUGUCAGACAGGCUGGAGACGGUGACUCUGGACGUCACCAAGACAGACGGCAUCACUGCAGCCACCCAGUGGGUGAAGGAACGCGUGGGAGACAGAGGACUCUGGGGCCUGGUCAAUAACGCUGGGAUCUCCAGCCCCUUGGCCCCCAAUGAGUGGUUGACGAAACAAGACUUUUUGACCAUACUGGACGUGAACCUGCUGGGGCUGAUCGAGGUGACUCUGAGCCUGCUGCCCUUAGUGAGGAAGGCAAGGGGCCGCGUGGUCAACGUCUCCAGCAUGGCAGGUAGAUUGUCUCUUGUAGGUGGUGGCUACUGCAUCUCCAAGUACGGCGUGGAGGCCUUCUCAGACUCCCUCAGGAGAGAGCUCGCCCCCUUUGGGGUAAAAGUGGCUAUAAUUGAACCUGGUUCCUUCAAGACGAACAUGACCAAUACUGAGAGGGUUUUGCUGCACAUUCAGGAGGUGUGGGACCGGGCCCGACCCGAGAUCAAGGAGACCUAUGGCGAGAAGUUUCUGGCAUCCUACUUCAAGGCACUAUCUAAAAACCGUUUGCCAAUAUGCAACGAGAAUCUGUCCUUGGUGACGGACUGCAUGGAGCAUGCGCUGACCGCCUGCAACCCCCGCACCCGCUACUCAGCUGGCUGGGAUGCCAAGCUCCUCUACCUCCCCAUGAGCUACAUGCCCACCUUCCUGGUGGACGCCAUCCUCACCUGGGGCCUCGAAAGGCCGGCCAAAGCCCUGUGA